AUGGCUCAUCUCUUUGAAUCUUGUUCUUGCAUCUUAAAGCUUUCAUCUUACAGCUUGUAUCCUACAGUUUGCAUCUUAAAGCUUGCAUCCUACAGCAGCUUGCAUCCUAGAGCUUGCACCCUAGAGCUUGCAUCCUACAACUUGCAUCCUACAGCUUGCAUCCUACAGCUUGCAAUGCAUCUUACAGCUUCUUGUAUCCUACAGCUUGUAUCUUACUGCUUGCAUCUUACAGCUUGCAUCCUACAGCUUGUAUCCUACAGCUUGUAUCCUACAGCUUGUAUCUUACUGCUUGCAUCUAACUGCUUGCAUCUUACAGCUUGCAUCUUACAACUUGCAUCUUACAGCUUGUAUCCUACAGCUUGUAUCCUACAGCUUGUAUCCUACAGCUUGUAUACUACAGCUUGCAUCCUACAGUUUGCAUCCAACAGCUUGUAUUCUACAGCUUGUAUUUUACAGCUUGUAUACUACAGCUUGCAUCUUACAGCUUGCAUCCUACAACCUGCAUCCUACAGCUUGUAUCUUACAGCUUGCAUCCUACAACUUGUAUCUUACAGCUUGCAUCUUACAGCUUGUAUCUUACAGCUUGUAUGCUACGGCUUGCAUCCUAGCUUGUAUCUUACAGCUUGCAUCCUACAGCUUGCAUCCUACAACUUGUAUCUUACAGCUUGUAUACUACGGCUUGCAUAUUACAGCUUGCAUCCUACAACUUUCCUUUUACAGCUUAAAUCCUACAGCUUGCAUCCUACAGCUUGUAUCAUACAGCUUGUAUCCUACAGCUUGCAUCUUACAGCUUGCAUCCUACAGCUUGCAUUUUACAGCUUAAAUCCUACAGCUUGCAUCCUACAGCUUGUAUCAUACAGCUUGUAUCCUACAGCUUGCAUCUUACAGCUUGCAUCUAACUGCUUGCAUCUUACAACUUGCAUCUUACAACUUGCAUCUUUCUUACAGCUUGUAUCCUACAGCUUGCAUCCUACAGCUUGCAUCCAACAGCUUGUAUUCUACAGCUUGUAUUUUACAGCUUGUAUACUACGGCUUGCAUCUUACAGCUUGCAUCCUACAACCUGCAUCCUACAGCUUGUAUCUUACAGCUUGCAUCCUACAACUUGUAUCUUACAGCUUUCAUCUUACAGCUUGUAUCUUACAGCUUGCAUCCUACGGCUUGCAUCCUACAGCUUGUAUCUUACAGCUUGUAUACUACGGCAUGCAUAUUACAGCUUGCAUCCUACAACUUGCCUUUUACAGCUUAAAUCCUACAGCUUGCAUCCUACAGCUUGUAUCAUACAGCUUGUAUCCUACAGCUUGCAUCUAACUGCUUGCAUCUUACAGCUUGCAUCUUACAACUUGCAUCUUACAGCUUGUAUCCUACAGCUUGUAUCCUACAGCUUGCAUCCUACAGCUUGUAUACUACAGCUUGCAUCCUACAGCUUGCAUCCAACAGCUUGUAUUCUACAGCUUGUAUUUUACAGCUUGUAUACUAAGGCUUGCAUCUUACAGCUUGCAUCCUACAACCUGCAUCCUACAGCUUGUAUCUUACAGCUUGCAUCCUACAACUUGUAUCUUACAGCUUGCAUCUUACAGCUUGUAUCUUACAGCUUGUAUGCUAAGGCUUGCAUCCUACAGCUUGUAUCUUACAGCUUGCAUCCUACAGCUUGCAUCCUACAACUUGUAUCUUACAGCUUGUAUACUACGGCUUGCAUAUUACAGCUUGCAUCCUACAACUUUCCUUUUACAGCUUAA